AUGGGGACGGGGCGGAGCGUCACGCUCAGCCCCGCAGCUCCUGGCAGUCCCUCCGGCUGCUGGCGCAGGCUGAGCCCGGCGGCUGCGGCGAGGGGAGCGAGGCAGGCGCGGCUGGCUGGCUGUCCUGCGCUGCUGGAGAAGGCUAUGGUGUUCCUGCAGCACUCAGCUAUGGCAGAGAGCUCAGCCGUGACUGCAGCAGUGCCAGAGAGAGCAGCACCCACCAAGCUGGAGGAGCUCCUGGAGAUCACCGCUCAGAGCCUGGUGCGCGCUGAGGUGGCUGAGCACUAUGAGGUUGUUCGGGAGCUGGGCAGGGGCAAGUAUGGCCAUGUGAUGCUAGUGACCCACAGGCAGAGAGGGACUCCUAUGGCUCUCAAGCUGCUACCCAAAGCCAGUACCAAGCUGCACACCUUCCUGUAUGAGUAUUGUGUAGCACUGUCCCUCGCCACCCACCCUGCCAUCAUUGGCAUGUUCGGAAUUGCCAUUGAGUCCAGCCAGUACUAUGGCUUCCUCUAUGAACCAGCGCUGCACAAAGACCUCAUCUCUAUCAUCAAACCCCGCGAUGGGAUCCCUGAGCCGGCCGCAAAGCAGUGUGCCAAGCAGCUGGUGAGCGCGCUGGAGUUCAUCCACAGCCGGGGGCUGGUGUACCGCGACAUCAAGCCCGAGAACGUGCUGCUUUUUGAUCCUGACUGCCGGCUCGUCAAACUCACUGACUUCGGCCUGACGAGGCCCAAGGGUACCAAGCUCAAGCUGGUGGCUGGGGUAAUUCCCUACACCGCCCCCGAGCUGAGCAACACUGCUGAUGCCCAGGGGGUGCCCAUCGACACCAGCAUGGAUGCCUGGGCCUUCGGGGUGCUGCUUUUCUGCCUGCUGACUGGCUACUUCCCCUGGGAGCAGAGCCUGCCAGAGGACCCUUUCUUUGAGGACUUCAUGCAGUGGCAGGAGACAGGUCUGGAGAAGGACGUGCCCCGGCACUGGAGGCGCCUGACGGCCGAGGCUGCCGGCAUGCUGCGGAGCCUGCUGGCUCUGGAUCCCGCCAAGCGCGGCCCUGUCAGCGCGGUGCUGCGCUAUGUCGGCUGCCCUUGGCGGCUGGAGGGCGGGCACGGUGAGGAGGCUGCCGUGAAGUCCUAG